UUGGCGUGAGGGCGCUGUUUUAGGCUGGUAUCGGCCUUGGCCCCGCGUCGCACACAGCUAGCGAGCUAGCUGGGUAGCCUGGCCGCGCCCCCGGUACGGUGUUCUCCCCGCGUACGUGCUGUUGCUCUCCUGCAUGUCCUGCUCGCCGUGGUCGCCGCAUCGUUUCUGGAACAGUGUAGGUGUAGCUGUCAUUUGGAAUUGUCGGUGAUAUUCGCAGUGCCGAGUGCACAACUGACUGGGCAAGAUGCCGAGACCUAAAGUAGCAUACAAGGACAUCAAGCGGGAGUACAGUUCCUCCCGUCUGUAUGAGGAUCCAGAAUUCAGAGCCGUUGACUCUUCACUGUUCUUCAGCACCAAGCCACCUAGGCCAUUUGAAUGGAAGAGACCCCAUGAACUUUGCCAAGACCCGAAGCUGUUUGUGGGAGGGGCCAGUCGCUUUGACAUCGCACAGGGAGAGCUCGGUGACUGUUGGUUCCUUGCUGCCCUGGCGUCACUGUCUCUGGAUGACUACCUCCUGAAGAAAGUCUGUCCCGAGGACCAGAACUUUGACCGUAACUACUGCGGGGCCUUCUACUUCAUGUUCUGGCAGUACGGCAAGUGGGUGGAGGUGAUAGUGGAUGAUCGCCUGCCCACUUACAAUGGCCGACUGGUCUUUGUCCAUUCCCAGGAGAAGAACGAGUUCUGGAGUGCGUUGCUGGAGAAGGCUUAUGCCAAACUGCAUGGAAGCUACGAGGCGCUGAAGGGAGGCAACACCGUCGAGGCCAUGGAAGACUUCACCGGCGGGUUCUCUGAGUCCCACGAUCUGAAGAAAGCCCCCAAGAACCUGUUCAAGAUCAUGUUUGACGCUUACAACCAUGACUCCCAGAUGGGCUGCUCCAUCGAUGCCAAUCCCAAUGAGAUUGAGGCUAAGCUGAGCAACGGCUUGAUCAAGGGACACGCUUACACCAUCACUGAUGUCAGAAGAGUGCCAAUUCCAGGGUACGGAUCUUCAAAGCCGAUUCGUCUGAUCCGCAUUCGUAAUCCCUGGGGGCAGACAGAGUGGAAAGGGCGUUGGAGUGACAAUUCCUCUGAAUGGAAGAGUAUCCCAGAAAGUGAGCGAAAUCGGUUGGGCCUGGUGACCGAUGAUGACGGUGAAUUCUGGAUGGAGUACGGUGAUUUCAUCCGUGAGUAUAAUCGCGUGGAUAUCUGCCAUCUGUCUCCUGAUAAGUCCCCCGGCGGGAAAAAGAAGUCCAAGAAAUGGGUGACCAAUGAGAUUGAGGGUGCCUGGCAGAAACACAUGAGUGCCGGUGGCUGCCGCAACUUCCCAGAUACCUUUUACAUCAACCCUCAGAUUGAGAUGAGUCUUGAAGAAGAGGAUGAUGAAGAUGACGAUGACGAGGAUGAUGACCCAGCCGCCAAGCAGAAAGGCUGCACUGUCAUGAUUGGACUGCUGCAGAAAGACAGGCGCAAGCAGAUGAAGAUGGGGGUCGGCAACCUGACUAUUGGAUUUGCCGUCUAUGAGUACAAAGAUGGCAAAAUUGUUAAGCUGCCCAAGGAUUACUUCCUGUACAACGCCUCCAAGGCCCGCUCACACACCUUCAUCAACACCCGUGAGAUCAUGGGACGUUUCAAGCUGCCACCGGGCCACUACUGCAUCGUCCCUUCUACCUUUGAGCCUAACCAGGAAGGCAAAUUCCUGAUUCGUAUCUACAGUCUUAAGGGCUCCUCCUCUGUAACCCUAGAUGAGAAGACAGGCAUUGUGGACGUUCCCAAACAGGGACCAUCUGGCAGGGCUCCAGCUAAGCCGGAGAAAAAGACCGCUGAAACAAUUGCUGCUGAGGAUGCCAUGAAGACUAAAUUCUAUGACUUCUUCAAGAAGGUCACUGGAGAUGACAUGGAAGUGGAUGCGUGGGAGUUGCAAGAAAUCCUGAAUGCUGCUCUCAAGAAGGAUUUCCGUAGAGCUGACGAGUUGGCAGGAAGUGACGGCUUUUCUAUCGAUGCUUGCAAAUCCAUUGUGGCUGCUUGUGAUGAAGAUCGUUCUGGCAAGCUGGGCUUUGAGGAGUUCAUGGAUAUGUGGAUGAACAUCAACGCCUGGAAGAACGUGUUUACAAGAUACGAUAAAGAUAAAUCAGGUACUUUCAAUACCUUUGAACUGCGUGACGCCCUGAAAAGCAUUGGGUACACUGUCAGCAACAAGACCUUUGGAGCGUUGGUGCUGCGCUUUGCCAACAGGAAGGGCGUCAUCAACUUGGACGAGUUCAUCUCUUGCGUCAUCAAACUCAAGCACUUGAUUGAAUCCUUCCAGGAGAACAUGAGCCGUGGAGUGGCCCAGUACAACCUGGAUGAGUUCCUGGCAGUGGGAAUGUACUCUUAGAGAUCUCCAGCUGUUUGACACCAACUGCGUGAAGACAAGUCUAAGGAAACACAUUCGCCGGGAGAGGAGGUUCCAGUUUUUUAGAUUUAAAAAUCAUAUUUGGAUGACAAAUCUUCAGUGUAGAUUCACUUCAAUGAUAAACUUCUUUCUAUGCAUGAUUGAAAUAAAGACAAAUCCAUAAGAUAUGAUCAGCAUUCAUCCCUAAAUGUCUCCAUCCUCAAAAAAAAGAAAAGAAAGAAGCCCAGGAAAUUUUAUUCAGGAAGAAAACAUAAAGUUCAUCUUUUAAAAGUGGAAAGUAACAGUAAUUAAAAAAAAAGUGUAUUCAUGACAAUUCUUUCACAUGGCAGAUGAACAAUAUUGUGUGGAUGUUGGUGAUAUCUUAUGGUACUUACAAAUCUAUUUUUCUGUCAAUUAUAUUUGUGGUGAUGGAUGUUUCGUGUUGUAUUGAAGUAGUCAUAAAAAAGCCGAAAAUUAAAAGAGUUUGGGUAUUAUAGAGUAAGUAGGUGUUUUGGUGUAACAUUUUGACAGUUUAAUGGUGUAAGGAUUAGUGUAUUUAUAAGCAUAAAGAAAGAAUCGUAGACAUUUGCUAUAUGCCUAGCUUUGGACCCAGAGGAAGAAAAAUAUAGACGCCAUUUUGUUUUUAGUUGAUAACCAGCUUUUAUUUGAGUAGUAUUUGUAAUUAUUGCAAUGACGCUAACAAAUGGUUAGAGUACUUGAAACUGUAUCACGUUGAUGUGAUUUUAUUACUCUUAAAUGCAUGAAGUAACAUUAGAUAUUAUUGGCUGACUCCGGUCAUGUGACCAGAUUUUAGUACGUGUGGGAAUCAUGCAGGUCAUAAUUAUAUAAAAUUUGCCGAACUUGUCCUUAACGAUGCACAGUAAUUCACUAUUCAAGAUAAUAUUGAUAGGAAGAACAAAUUUUGUAUUUAGAGGAGAUUUUUUUUCAAGUACCGUAGAGAGAAAGAGCUAAAUUCUAAACCUUUUAAAAAACUUCGAGCUGGUUUCAUGUUUGUUUAAUCUAUUUAAACAAAGUCAUGAUUGUUGUGUAGCAGUUGCGUGGACAGAUUCUCUUAGUUUUUAAAAUGCACAAAACGUAAUUGAAUUUUGAAAAACAUGUAAUUCUAGCUAUUGAGCGCAUAGUUGGCUCUAUUUUUUUGUAUUCGUAGUGAUAAUUUCAUGAUUUAUUCUUCAUUAUGUAGCUUUUAAACAAUCAUUACUUCCAUCUUUUUUCUGCGAAAAAAAAAAAGCUUUUGUGAAUUUAACAGCAGUACUACAUGUAUUUACCUCAUCUCCAGCCAUUUUGCCACAUUUCUCGGUGCUGCCUAUAAAAUCUUCCAAUUUUUCUUUUUUUGAAAUAUGCCCACCCACCCUUUCUUAACCAAGUCAAAGUUUUAUUUGUUUAACUGCAUUCAGUGUAUUUGCAACUAGAUAACUUGGCAUUACGUAUCGAUUUUUCUUUUUUGUAAGUGUAGAAGAUUGGAAUUGCAUUAAUACAAUGCCUGGUGUAAACGUUUUGAACUUUUUUUUUUUUUUUUUUUACAGAAAUUGAAAUUUGAUUGUCAUCCUCCAUUGUAUCUUUUCGCAGAAGUCAUCUCAAGACACCAAAAUCUAGCACCUUGUUAAAUCAAGUUUGACCUGAUAUUGAAUUGUGCCGACUUGGAGGAUUGUUUACUCAAGAAAAAAAAAAAAAACGAUUCAAGAAAGUACCUUACGUUUUUUGGUCUACCUUACUUGUGUCUCAUUCAGAGGUUUCAGUUGUGUAUUCAGUUUUUAGUUCUUGGAAAUCCAGUAUUAUUGUCACAGGCUCAACGAGUCAUGACAUGCUUCAAGUCAAGUGCUGGCUGUACAAUUCAAACAGUAAUAAAUAUCCCAGAAGUUCUGCGUCCUUCGUUCUGUGCAAGAUGAAAACAUGGAAGUUGCAAGAAAAGAUGCUACUAUGGCAUUAUAGAAUUUAACUUGGUAUUGAAAGAAAUAUCUGUAAUGUUGCAUUCGUAGUUAGUUUCAUGUACAUGUAUAACCAGGGUAUUCUCUCUUCUUCUUUUUUGAGUGUUGGGCAGAUAUAUUGUUAGAGUCUACAGCUGUAAUUGAAGUCCAUACAUUUUCUAGAUAGCAAAUUCCAGUAAAUAUAUUUACAUAUCGGCCUCCUCAUUUGCAUUCAAAGUAUUCAGCUUUUAUUCAUGCUUUUUAAAUGUUAAGUCUAAUUAAAGAGAAUAGCAGUCGUCAUA